UUCUGUGCAUCUUUUUUCAGGGGAAUUCUGGUUUCUAUUGUCCGAAUUUUGUGUGUUCCUUUCAUUGCCUGCUCUGAAUGUGUGAAUGGUGAUUAUUGUGGAAAGGGGAAUGAGCUGGAGCACAGAUGCAUCUCAUGUCUCCUUUUUAGCCAGCAUACUUCACAAGGGGUGCAUGACGUGACUGCUGUGUGCUGAACGUUUGGGAUGCGGUUGAGACCCACUUGUCUUCAACAGCUCUCCGAAUUCACUACCAGGAGCGUCAGUUUAACUUGUGGCUUGUCAAUAAGCGAAGUGAAUCUGUGAACGCUGGAAGAUUGAAUCUUAACAUUUUGGAAUUGCCUGGGAAAGUGACGCGAGGGGAAUACAGUGGUCUUUGAGCUUCCUGGCAGAUAAGAUUCUGCGGGAAAUUCUGGAUUGACGGCUAUGAAGUUUUCCCGGAAAGAGGUGUCGGCUGAAGACGUCCGAAAACUGUACAAAACAUCAGCCGAUCUAGUGUCUCGUCUCGAUCGCAUAUGCAAGUCCGCGCGUGAACUUCAAGAUCUCUUCAGUGUCGAAGCCAUCGUCGCUCGUCAACAACUGUGCGACAUUUUAUCUCAAAUUUUGGAAGGGGAUGAGAAUGACAAAUACUCAAAGAAAUGCCUGGAUUUAAUGUGGAAAAAGAUUUACUAUGACGUGGUGAAUGCCGCUCGGCAGCUUAGAAGAGGAUCUCGUUGGCAAGACGUUGAUAAAGCUAUGCUGUGUUCUCACUUGCAAGCUGGAAUCGGAAACUAUGAAUAUCUUCUUAUGGAAUUGGGAUCUGUUUCUGAUCUCAAGUCCUUGGGAGGAAAUUUCUGGGUGUCGGCGCCUUGCAGUUUCAUCCACGAACCUGAUUCCAGCAUUGAAAAGCCACAUCGUCCAGCUAGUAUGGAUCGAAUACAUCAGUGCCUAAUUGCUUUGGGAGAUUUGAGUCGGUACCUCAAUGAUAUCGAUUCUCCGUCGCUGGACGGAAGGACCGUUAAUGGAGCUAUGGCAUUACAAUUUUAUGAAGCAGCGGUUUUGUUGAAUCCAAAGAUUGGUAUGCCUUUCAACCAAAUCGGGAUGUUACUUGGUCAUCGAGGAGACUUUAUUGGAGCUACGUUCAACUACUGGAGGAGUCUUUCAGCCGAACAAGUUUUUGAAGGUGCGGUGGGUAACUUGAAGAUGCUCGCAGAAAAACUGCGGAAUCAGAAGAUGGAACAGCCGGUGCAAGCUCUGGGGAAGUCCAUUGUUUUGUUUUCGAAAAUUUGUAUUGCUGAGGAAGAUGGAGAUGAUGCUUUGAUGAUCGCACAGGAUCUCUCCGACUCUUGUAGUGGUGUUCUUGAAAAAAGUCUGUGCAGUGAAUCUAUGUGGAUGAAGCUGGUCAUUAUUCUGGAGUCCUGUCUUUCUGUAUUCAAGGAAAAAAGUAGCGACACCUGGGGCGCGAAAGUUUGGACUGUGUUUCGUGUUAUGGAACUGGCUUCGUCAAGUUUACUUCGUGAAAUUUCGAAGUACCUGGAAGAAAAAGGUGUAUGGGAAGGUGUCCAUAAUUAUCUCAAAAAUGCUCGGAAAAUUUGGAAAAAUAAUUAUCCAGAGAAGCAGGUCAUCGUGGGUCAAGAAGUUGAAGAUGCACAAUCAAUUUCCAGUGAUGAUUCCGCAGAUUUCAUUAUUGAAAGUGAUACCGAGUCUGAAUCCAGCGAAAAAACGCCUUUAACUGAAGACAAGGUGUCCGAUUCGGAGUUCCACACGCCAGAUGCCAUAUCACCUGCGCCAAAAUCAGAAGAAGUUUCUCUGGAAUUGAACUACGAAGUUAUUUCUGGUUAUCUCCUCGAAGCGUUGUCAAAAUCAAGUCUUCUCUAUGGACUGGAACAUUGCUUUGACGUUCUGAGGCGAAACGUAGAGUUACUCAGAACAUGUGGCACCCAGCUGGCGGCAUUUUUUCAGACGGCAAUUGAUGUGGCAAACCUGUUUUUGAUAUUCUCAAAAUCUGUCCCAGAUUCUGUCUCUAGCACUGCCAGGCAACUGGUGAAGUCCGCGAAUUUCCUGGAAGAAUUCUCUUCGAUCAAGAAAAAAACUCUUCGCGACAUUCGAGGGUGUUCCCUGGCCAAGAAAUCUGAACUUGGCGGUGCGUCAACCGCUGUUUUAUGCGACACUGAUGAGGUGUAUCUCUGUACACAAGCUAUGUGUAAAAUGGUGGAUUUGUUGACUGAUCUGGAUGCCACUGGCGUUCGGUUCAGCUUGGACACGGAUUGUUAUUUUUUAGAAGAUACCGCAUGUCCCGUUGUGACAGCGGAAUCUUCUGAGGAGUCGAUGCAAAAACUUUGCGCCGAAUUGACGAAAGCGUACAAAAUGUCUGUAAUGGCUCAGCAAUACAUUAAGAGUCAAAUAGUAGCCAAAAAGGAUGGACCGACACCGUGUCCACCAUAUCUCAUUCCGGAUGCAGCUGCGAUGACUGAGCAUUUGAAAGUUGUUCAAAGUUUACUCAAGUCUGGAGACAGAGUACUGAUUAUGCCACGAGCCGUCUGGCUUGGAUUGGACAAAUUGAAGACCAAGUCUAGGAAAGCCCGAGACGCCAUUCGAUGGCUCGAACAAAUGACCAAGCGUGACGACGGGAAAUUCAGGUUUCAGCGGAACAACGAAUACAUGAAAGUGGGGUUUGUUAAAUGCCCGAAAACCAACGUUAGAGAUAGUUGGCACGUUCUCGAAGUACUAGAAUGCUGCUAUGCCUUAGCGAAAAAAGGCGUAGAUGUCAAGAAAUCACUUUUUGGCGACAGCGAAGACGAAUGUCCUGCUUGGGAGAGUUCCACUGUUCUAUUCCUCGUUGCUGGUUUCGAUGUUCAUCAAAAAAGCGUAGACGAUGCGUUUACCUACGUGACGAAACCAACUGCUGAUGCAACGGUAGAAACGGAAAUGACCGCUUUAGAGAUAGCUCAUGCACUUGGUGUGCGGAUGGAAAACUUGAAAAGCUAUUACGCCGAUUGGAAAAGCUCCAUGAAAAGCAAAUAA